CAGACAUAAAACUUCAUCUUUACUCCAGUCAUGACAGGACAUAACGAAAUCAGGAUCAUCUGAAAUGCCUUGCUGUACGUAACCCAUCAUAACCUGUUAGUACCUCGUACCUGCUGCACUUGUAGCCUGUUAUCACCUUACAUACCAGGAUCUAACAAAGCGAUGAGUCCAGUUAGUACACUUCGAGGGUUCUUUAAGGGUAUAUUGCUAAUUAACAGUCAAUUGAUGAAUAAUUAAUGACCUGGCACUUUCGGAUAGGAGGCCACUUUGUCAUGGGGUGUUUGCGUCGUGUUUAAGGACUCUGUCGUAACAGGAGAGCGUGGUGUGGAUGAAUCUCUGCAUUACGAGCACAUACGAGUGCAGUAUGCAGUAAAUCAUUGUGUGGGGGCGAUGCCUGACUUCCCAGAGCGAGCACCGCUGCUGUUCUCCCAUCGCAUCCUGGAAGUAAAUUGAGUCACAAUCGUGUUUGCUGCAGUGGCGUAUCGACGGGUUAUUCUGCCCGAUUUCACAGGCGACGCCAACACGGCUUCUGUGACACCUGCGUCGAGAACCGGACCCUGCACUCCUUAUUUCCUGCUUGCAUGAAAGCCAGAACAAGAUCCUCUGUGUCUCACGCAUCAAGAAAUCUCAAAUCCUGGCUGCAUUCCAUUACAGCACAACGCCUACCUACUGUAGGCAUCACUACUCCCGUAUGGACCAUCAGAACCAACGCUGAACCUUCCACACCGUAGACUCCUGACCCCCGACUUUAAUCGGUACCCUGACCCUGUGUGAACCAACGAGCACCAUAUUUCCCCUUGAAAGUUUCGUUUCCCUUUUCCACACGAGGACUCCAAGUAAACUACCCCCGAGUCCUGAAAUGAAUAAUUUACCAGAGCUAUGGCGUUCAAUCAGAGAGCUCAGGACACAGGAGUUCAUUAAAGAUGCAGACUAAUUGCCUCGUACGAAACGAAUCGAGCCGUCUGUGAAGGACUAUGACAACGUGUCACGCAGUUUAUUAGAGCAGCUAUAAACAGACCUUCAGUCAACUUUCUUCUUUGGAAGGUAAUACGAUGGCAAAGGUCAUUUCCUGUCUUGGAAAACUCUGUGUCCAUGUAUGUUACCUUACUGAUCUCCAGGUUCCUUCCACUUACCAAAAAACCUCUGAGUAUUUAAAUUAGAUAGACUGGUUGCAGUAAUUUGACCCGACAUGGAAUAGACCUCGGAUCUACCCGAACAGGAUAACUAUGUUACCCAUCAGCCCCAGGACGUCACAAGUAACCUGGGUUGUCCCCCUUAACCACAGGUUUACUGCUUAAUUUCCAAAACUUUCUUGUUUUUGGAAAGAAAAAAGUUCCUGCUUCUGGAGAAACCCCUGGUCCUGCUCCUGGAGAAACCCCUGGUCCUGCUCCUGGAGAACCCCCUGGUCCUGCUCCUAGAGAAACCCCUGGUCCUGCUCCUGGAGAAACCCCUGGUCCUGCUCCUGGAGAACCCCCUGGUCCUGCUCCUAGAGAAACCCCUGGUCCUGCUCCUAGAGAAACCCCUGGUCCUGCUCCUGGAGAACCCCCUGGUCCUGCUCCUGUUCUUGUGAUGCCUAAAGAACAAAGGACUGAUCCAGGAGUAGGUAAAGGAUCCUUGUGCUUUAAGUGAAAGAUCAUUGGAACCUUAAAAGAAGGAAAGAAGGAUGGAGAGGAUGAAGAAGAUGAUGGUGUCUGGGAGGAGAGAGAAGGGGUGACUGCUAGUGCUGAUGUCAGGGGCUUUCAUUCAUAAAAAAAACUCUAUAAUGAGUGCAGGGAGAACGCUGAGGGAGAAAGAGAGGGAGAAAGAGAAAGAGAGCCAUGAAUCCAUGAAGCAGAAGUAAUGAGCAAGCUUGUGUGAGACAGCAAGCACGGCUCCUCCUCCUCCCCCUCGUCGUCCUCCUCCUCCUCCUCCUUCCUCCGUCACCCCGUCCUCCUCUCGCCGGAUGAAUGAAGCAGGGAGAAUUUCUGCUCAUGGCUUCCAGCACUGCGAGUAACUCGACCCGGAGCACCCCCACUUGUUCCCCCGUCCUCCGUAAGCGCUCUCGCUCUCCGGUUCCUCCGAGUGCAGAUGGAGAGAACAUGGUGGAGAAGAGCUGCGAUCACUCGUCUGAUAAAUCUCCCUCCACCCCCGAACAGAACGUCCAGCGGACUUACAGCCAAUCAGUGCAUAACACACGCACCGGGAACAAGAACUCCAAGAAAAGUCAAAGCUGGUACAACGUCUUAAGCCCUACGUAUAAGCAACGCAAUGAGGACUUCAGGAAACUCUUCAAGCAGCUACCCGACACCGAACGCCUCAUCGUGGACUACUCAUGUGCCCUGCAGAGAGACAUUCUUCUACAGGGUCGCCUCUACCUCUCUGAAAACUGGAUUUGCUUCUACAGCAACAUCUUCCGCUGGGAAACACUGCUGAUGGUGCGUCUGAAGGACAUCUGUUCCAUGACUAAGGAGAAGACGGCACGGCUCAUCCCCAAUGCCAUCCAGCUCUGUACUGACAACGAGAAGCACUUUUUUACCUCAUUCGGUGCACGGGACCGGACCUACAUGAUGAUGUUCCGUCUCUGGCAGAACGCUCUUCUGGACAAGCCGUUGUGUCCCAAAGAGCUGUGGCACUUUGUCCAUCAGUGCUACGGGAACGAGCUGGGCUUGACGAGUGACGAUGAGGAUUACGUGCCUCCAGAUGAUGACUUUAACACCAUGGGCUGUUGCCCCCCUCCCUGGUGCAGGUACUGUGAGGAGAUCCCACCCGAGGAGAUCGAGGUUCAGGACACGUGCACCAAAACCCCUGAGGUCAAAAUGGACACGAGUCCACAGCUGCCCAAGAAAUCCUUCACCAGCAAUAAUCUCCCUUCAACGUGCAGCAUCGAAACACCCGUCCAUUAUGACGUUCCACCAGAGGAAGAGUUUUCCGGAUGUCUUCCUGACGAGCUCCUAAGUCUGCCUUUACCAGAUAACAAGCCGAGUGGUCCGGCGUCUUCGCCGUCUCUCGACUUCAACGACAACGAGGAUCUUCCGACCGAGCUGAGCGACUCGUCAGAAACCCACGACGAUGGAGAAGUCCAAGCCUUCUACGAGGACCUAAACGGGAAACAGUACAUCAACAAGGUGUACAAGUUUAGCGUGGACAAGCUGUACGAUCUCCUCUUCACAGAGUCACAGUUCAUGCGGGACUUCCUGGAGCUACGCCGCUUCUCCGAUGUGGUGUAUCAUCCGUGGAAGAAGGAAGAGUUGGGAGACCAGAGCAGAGAGAUUAUGUACACCAUCGCCAUCACCAACCCCCUAGCCCCAAAAACCGCUACAGUCACCGAGACUCAGACUCUGUACAAAGCCAGCCAGGAGAGCGAGUGUUACAUUAUCGAUGCUGAAGUGAUCACUCACGACGUCCCUUAUCACGACUACUUCUACACGCUCAACCGCUACAUGCUCACCAGGGUGGCUAAGAACAAGUGCAGACUGAGGGUUUCCACCGAGCUGCGCUACAGAAAACAUCCGUGGGGUCUCGUCAAGGGCUUCAUCGAGAGAAACUUCUGGAGUGGCCUCGAUGAAUAUUUCAGAUAUUUAGAACUGGAGCUGAGUAAAGUAGAGGUCGUUCUGAACAAACCCCACAGACCUUCUCCCAAAGCCAAAGCCACACGUUCGUCCACAGUGAGACGACACCGGAAACGAGCGGCGGGUCACCUGAGGCCGCAGCACCUGGACGAGGAGCUGAGCGCCGUCACCACGGCCGAGGACGACGAGGUCAUCCAAUGCAUCAAACACGUGGCAGGAUCCACGCAGACGCGGCACUUCCCCGACCCGGCCGCAGGAGGUCUGGCACUUUAUGGCGUUUCUAAACUGCUGCUCAUCAUCAGCUUCGUCCUGGUGCUGCUGGUUCUCCUGAACAUGAUGCUCUUCUAUAAGCUGUGGACGCUGGAGCAGACCACACAGAGCUUAGCGUCGCUGCAGGGCCUCCGAGCUCACGAUAGCAGUAAACUUCCCCAAACGCAGAUGGAGUGGGCUCAGCUCCUGGAGUCGCAGCAGCGUUACCAUGACGACGAGCUGGAGAAGUGGCGGGAGAUAAUCAAGUCGUCUGUGGUUUUGUUAGACGAGAUGAGAAGAUCUUUACUGAACCUGCAGAAGGGAAUCGGGAUGAGAGACGACGGCUCGGCCGCCGAGGACAAGCGGAACCGAUACCACUGACGGGAGCGAAGACCUCGGGCCGAACAGACACGCCGUGCAAUAAGAAGAGCGCAGGACGGGGAACCUCGCAGGAGCCGCCUCGCUCCUCUCCUGUCCAGCGCCGCUCGCUGAGCACCGACUUGCAAAAAGCGUCUGACCCACAGAUCGUCCUGAUCUGCAGGGCCAAAAAUGACUCCUGAUUCAUUCAUUCAUUCAUUCAAGGACUCGUUUGAGUGUUAAACGCACACGCAGCAACAUCUCAGCUGCACCAUCACUUUCACCACCAUCACCAUCACCACCCAUCUGUUUUUAGAUUUUUUUAACCAUUCAGGGGUCCGGGACCAGGUUAACCUUUGACCUAUUAUCUAUUUAAGUGUUGAAGAACGCAGAAAUCAUAUCACGAUGACACACAGAUUUCUAAUUUAUAAGUAGAGCUAUAUUUGCCAGAGCUACAUUUCUACCGAAGCUUCCAUGGAAAAAUCGGGGCUGGACCCCGGAGAGCUUGUGCCAUGGUGCUAAUUAUGCAUAAAUGCCCACGUUAUGCAGCUCCUGGUUUAUUUCCGUCCGAGCGCAGAGUCGCGACUUUCUCUAAUCCGGACAUUUUAUUGCCCGGAAACGUGAAAGGCCCGGACGGUCUCGGCGUUAGCGGGGAAACAGGAAGCGUGACGGAUUUCCUCAGAAAUACUUUACUGUAUUUCAUUUUGCACAAAUCUGUUUGUCAUCUGUUCUUUUUGUUUCUUUUUUGUCAAGCAACAUUGAACUGUCCACGAUUCUGAGCCAAUUUUAUUUAUACUCUUCGUCCAUUCAGUGUUCUGUGCUGUUUCUUUUUUUUGUUUUUUUUGUUACAUGAUCUGAAGAAAAUCUGUCGGUUUAUCGUGAAAAUCUUGGCAUGUGCUGAUAUUUCGUAACUUUUAUCGUAAUUUAUGGGAAAAAAAAAACUUACGAUGUUUUAUUCACCAAAAAAAAACAAAAAAAAAAAAAACAAGGGCAGCUAUCGAGCUGUCUCAUAAUCCCCUCGUGUUCGGAGACAGCGCUUUGAUUUCUCUGAAGGUACCAAAACUUCGCCACGUUGCUAGGUUACCGCCGAACGGUUCACGCUAGCUAACGGAGAAAUCCGUUAUUUUCCGGUCGUAAAUAAUCCUUGAAUCUGAUCGGUCAGAAGGACGCAUUGAUUGAUUUAAUGCACGUCGCAGGUUUAUGUUAACGCUCUCUGAUACACGGACCGGAUCGUUCCUAUAGUAACGGCUGGCUCGCGGUUAUGUUUAGAGCUUAAAUCUAGCCGUUUUUACGUAACACAGAUGGAAGUGUCUCGAGUGUCGUCGUCAGCGGUAAAGCUGUAACGUUUUACCUUUUUCAGGACAGAAGAGUUUUAUUUUCUUGUUAACUUCGACACGGAGGAAAAACAGCGAGGCUGGUGCAACGUAAUAAACCCGUCAGCGUCACAUAUCUGGUGCAGACUAGCGACACGUUUUCUUUCCUGCAUUUCGUUUCUUUUUGUUUCCACGCCGCUCAGUCGAAGUAUAAGAGGAGCGCAAAGAGAAAGAAAAAAACACUAGGGAUUUCUCUUCAGUAUCAUAUUUCCGUCAGUCCGAGCUCCACGUCGCUGCUUUUAUUUAUGUAUUUAUUUAUCCGCCAUAUUCUUCGAUCCAGUUCGACGCAGGGAUUCGAACCUACAACCUUCUGACGUGUGAAGUUUUUUUUUUCCCCCGGACCUUCUUUUACAAGCUGUGAUACAAGUUUCCUUCGGACCGACCCGGAAAAGUUGUGUAACGCGCGGCUCGCCCGAUCGACUCGGGUGUUUAACUGAAUGAAUAAUAACCCGCGUUCUGUCAGGAGUCAGUUUUCACUUUUUCUUUUCAUUUUUUUUUUUUUACAUCAUGAACGUUACUGUGAUAUCUGAGAGUCUGCUGCAUGAUGUUUAUCAUGGAAAAAAAAAACGAGGAAUUUUUUUUUUUUUUUUUUUUUUUUUUUAAUGGAGCAAUUUUCCUGAAAAACGAUUCGGACGCUAGAGCGUUAGCAUUCCAGAUGAUCCUAUGAAGCGCUGCUCUUUGACCAAGUGCUUUAUCUCUGGAGUAUCUCAUCAUGGAUCUAAACGGUGUGUCACUCGUCAGGGGGCGUGGAUAAGAUGAGAUGACUCCGCCUACAUUUCCCUUAAUCUUUUUCAAGAAGUCUUUGAAUAGUUAUAAGUUACGGAUCAGUUCAUGAUAGUAAAAAAAAAAAAGGGAGUUGCUUUACGAAUGCCAAAUAAUCCCUCCUUAAUCUCUCCCUCUUUUUUUUGUUUGUUUGUUUUAUUUUUUGUUGUUGUUGUCAUUCGUUUUUUACAAAAGUAGCUACGAGAAGUAGCUACAAACUUACAGUAAGUAUUACAAUCCUCAUUGUAUCGCAAGCGGUGUGUUUCAGAUCUUUCAUGUUUUUAUUAUUGCGAUUAUUUUAAGGGACAUAUUACGGAGCUGAAAUAUUUAUACUGAUAUUAUAAUGGAUGUACAUGUUGUAUAUGUAUAGUCGCUGUGUCUAUAUGGGGGGAAAAACAAGGCUCCAGCGUGUCGCUGGUUCGAGAGCUGGCAGUCGGAGAGUCAAAGGUUUAUGUCAUCGACGAAGACGGGCGGAAAGAAUAAAGCUAUUUAAGAGAUCUC